ACAAAAUUCAAAUUUGAGUUCUUGAGUUUGUUUGCUCAGCUAUAUUCAUUCUUAAAGUUUAGACAACGUUAGUCAAAUCUCCUUUUUUUAAUAAAGUUUUAAGCUUCAAAACCACCUCUUCAUUAAAUCCAUCGAAAACCCGAUUUAAUCGAUCCAAAAAAUGGCCAAUUCCGAUUCCUCCACUCCUCUUCCUUCUCCUGCUCCUCUGGCUCCUAAGAAGGAGAAUAUUACUCCGAUUGGUUCGAAGAUCGCGGAAUUAAAUGAAUCAAGAACAGAGCUUCUCAGUAGAAUUCAAGGCUUAAAGCAGGAUAUGCAAAAUUGGAGAUCAAAGCUUGACACUCAAGUGAAAAUCUAUCGUAAUGAUAUGCAAAAUUGGACUUCAAAGCUUGACACUCAAGCGAAAAUCUAUCGUGAUGAGUUGUCAGAAUUGAAGAAAUCAUUGAAUGUUGAGGUGGAGCAACUUCGAUCAGAAUUUCAAGAACUUAGGAACACACUCCAGCAGCAACAAGAAGAUGUUACUACUAGCCUGAAGAAUUUAGGGCUGCAGGAUAGCCUAGCAGAUGCUAAAGACGUCCAGGAUCCCAAGGUUGAAGAUAAAGAUGAGGAAAUUCAUGCUUCAGCCGAGGAGGAUACUGGUAAGAAGGCUGAAAACUAGGCGGUUGCCUUGGAGCGUGUAUUUCUUGUACUUUAUGCUCCUGAAGAGCAUCCAUAUCUGAAUUCAUUUUUCAGGGUGUUUCUAGGGCAGUUGUGAUUUGUCUUUCAAAAUCUGCAACUGCUUAGAUGUCUAGCACAAGGCAGGAACUUCUAUCUGAAUUCGCUUUGAUGGCCAUUUGCAUAUUCAUUUCAUUUAAGUGCCUUUCAAUGUAGAUUUCAAUCAUUAAUAUCUUGUGAAUGCCUGGUUUAAAUGA